AUUGGAUCCCACGGAUGCAGAGGAAUUGGCUGUGUUCCUGGAUAAGAAUGAGUGGGAUGUGAUCCGCAUAAUCCAGAGUAAUCGGCCGAUUCUCCGAAUGAAAAAGAGGCGAGUCUGCUUCCAUAGAACGAGAGACGAGUGCUUGCUUCAGGGGAAGCUUCUGCCGGCUGCAAGCCUCUCCCACCAGGUGGUGCUGAAGGAGAUCGCGGAGGAGCAGGGAUCGAGGGAGCUGUCAGGAAGAGGGCCACUGCUGCUGGAGAAGACGAAGCUGCUCUCUAGUUCAGUGAUUUUGGGAAAAACAGUCUCCAGCUCCUUGUUUAGAGCAACCUGUUAAUGCUCUGUGAGCCUUGCCACAUGGAACCAUGGGCAGGAAACGGCUAAUCACAGACUCCUUCCAAGUGGUGAAGAAGAGGAAAAGAGACAGUAAGGAAACAAAGAAGGCUCAGAGCCCACUCCAUGACGCAGUGACAGUCCAGGCAGUCCAAGAUACUGCACAUCCAGACCAGCUGGAGACACUAAAGCAAUUUGACCUCAGCUGGCAGUACGGCCCCUGUACAGGAAUCACCCGUUUGCAGCGCUGGGAGAGGGCAGAGUUACUGGGUCUCAACCCCCCUGCUAUGGUGCGGGAAUUGCUAGAGAAGCACAACAAGGACCCUCUCGUUACAUACAGCCUGUGGCAUGGAUAUUGCCUCUGAGAGGAAAAUGUGAUGGUAUCUCAGCCUGAGAAGUCCCUGAGUUUUGACAUUAUUGGAUAACUUCUUCAUUCCUAUCAUGGAGAUUCUGUGCUUGGAUGUAACAGCCCUAAAAAGAUGCCAAAGUCUACUAGCUGGUCUCCACUUAUGGGUUCUGGCCCUAAUCAAAGCUUCUUAGGGAGUACUUAGAUGGCUGAGGUCAAAUGAAGGUGAGGAUUGAUUUGGAUCAAUAUGCUGUGCUGGGGAAAAGAAUCCCCAAAACUGAGUGACUAGUUCUUGGAAGCCAAGCUUAGUAUAGCACUGCAUCCUGUUUAUUUUACUGUUGUGUGCUCUUUGCAAACUUGCUUGGUUUGUUGAAUUGGCUUUCAAGUUAAUUGACUGAGAAAUAAAACACUUGCACAUCUAA